GCUUUCGUUGCUGCUUCGACUUCGUUUCAUUCAAUUACACACUGACAACCAUAAAAUAUAUUGCCAGCCAGGCCAUUGGAUUGAUAAGCAUUGAAUUGUGCUUAUCAUUACGGAAGCGAUACCAACAACAAGUGAACGGGUUGCGUUGUAUGUGCCGCAUUAUAGCGAAGAACUAGACUUAUUGAAAGACAAAUACAUCGAAAUUUUGACUGCGUGGCCGCGAACUGUGUUGGUAGAAGUUAGCGAGUGCAACAUGUACAAGUACUUAGUCGUCCUACUACUGGCCGCUGCUAUCGUCCUGGCCGCCAAGCCCGACGAUGGCGAAUCCUGCUACUCUUUCGCCGGUGGAUCUGUGUAUCCCGCAGAGGAGCCGAAGGGCGAUCACCAGCUGCAGUACACGAAGGCAGUCAUUUCGAAGCCAGCUCCUGCAUUCGAGGGCACUGCUGUGGUGAACAAGGAGAUCGUGAAGCUAUCGCUCUCCCAAUACCUGGGCAAAUACGUAGUCCUGCUCUUCUAUCCACUGGACUUCACAUUUGUGUGUCCCACGGAGAUAAUUGCCUUCUCGGAUCGAAUUUCGGAGUUCCGUAAGAUCAAGACUGAGGUGAUUGCGGCCAGCGUAGACUCCCACUUUACUCAUCUGGCCUGGAUUAACACGCCACGUAAGGAGGGCGGCCUGGGCGACGUAAAGAUCCCGCUACUCUCCGAUUUGACGCACAAAAUUAGCAAGGACUAUGGCGUAUAUCUGGAGUCGAGUGGCCAUGCGCUGCGCGGUCUUUUUAUCAUUGAUCAAGCCGGCGUGCUGCGUCAGAUCACGAUGAACGAUCUGCCUGUGGGCCGGUCGGUGGAUGAGACCAUACGCCUAGUCCAGGCAUUUCAGUACACCGAUACCCACGGCGAGGUUUGUCCAGCUGGUUGGCGACCAGGCGCCGAUACGAUUGUGCCCGAUCCAGAGGAGAAGACCAAGUACUUUGCUAAGAAUAACUGAGGGGGGAUCAACGAAGGAUAUAUUUUUCAUUCCUACUACCCAUACCCAAGCCGAAGCUCAGUUACAUUCCAAAUGUUCACGACUGACCGCAAUCGAACAAUAGACCCCGCAUCGCACGAAUCCUCUGUACAUAUGGCACCGGUCCGCGUUUGUUUUUUGUAUAAAACAUAUUUUGUUUAUUUUACAGAUUCAUACAGCAUAACUGAGAGAUAAAUAAAAUGAUGAAGUACAUAAGUUA